AUGAAUAUGAAUAAGAAGGAUAAUAAUCAAGUUGGUAAAAUAAGUAAUAAGAAUAAAGAAAUGUAUGAAAAUGAUACUAAUAAAAUAAAUAUUAACAUAUUACCUUCUAAUGAAAUAUUUUGUUGCAUUUGUGGGAAAAAAUGUCAUAAUUUAUCAAAAAUUUCAAAAAGACUAAAUGAUAAAAAUAAUGCCGUAUUUGGAAGAAUUUUUCAUAUUCUUAAUGUUGAAUGGCCCUCCGUUAGAGAUCGUUAUUCAAAAAAAAAAUCAACCAUGCCAUCUUUUGAAUUUGCAAAACAUGCAUAG